CCUUGAGGUAGGAAGAGACUGAGAGAACGAGAGACAAAGAGAGAGGGAGGGAGGAGGAGGAAGAGAGACCGAAGGGGGAAAAAAAGAAUGAGAAAGGAGAGAGAGGGCGAGGCCAUCUGCGAGGGAGAGCGCCGCGACCACGGAGGGGAGAGGACAGGAGCGGAGAAUGAGCAAUGCGGAGCCGGAGAGGCAGACGCAGGAGGUGGUGGAGACCAGGUAAGCCGGGCGCUGCCGCGGAGACCAGGCGCCGCAGAAACAGACAGCAGGAGGAGAGAGCCAGAAAGAUGGAGAUGGAGCGUGGGACGGGGAGAGCAAGACAGACAGAACUGGACGGAGAGGCCGACCUGCCACUCGCAGGAGCGUGUCCGCAUCUGCCAGAUCUUUGCUGGUAUAGAGGGCCCCGAGCUGGAAAAGUGUGAGGAGGCAUUCACCGCCGCCUUUAAGGGCCUCCUAGACGCUGAAAUCAACUACGAUGAGAGAAGCCACCUGCAUGAUGCCUUCACCCAGAUGACCCACUCUCUCCAGGAGAUGGCCACUGCCCAGGGCUCCUUUAAGGUGGCUUUUCCUGAUGCUGCGGAGAAAAUGCGGAAGGUCAUUAUGCAGCUUAAAGAAGUCCGGGCCUGCGUCCCUCCCUGCGGACUCCAGGAAGUCGCCCGGCGUUUCCACUGCCGCGGGUGCUACUCCACGGUCUGCGACCUCCCGCUGGACUGCCCAGUUCAGGACUUGACGGUGACUCGGGGUCAUCAGGCUAAGUUCUCUUGCACUGUGAACUUCCAACUGCCUCAGGAGGAAAUCACCUAUUCCUGGAAGUUCGCAGGAGGAGGUGUCCGGACGCAGGACGUGUCCUACUUCCAAGACCUUCCGCAGGCCCGAGGAAACCUGGCGCGGAUCCGGCCGGUGCAGCCCGCGCACCGCGGGACGUUCUCUUGCGUGAUCCUGCACGACCAGCUCCCGCUGGCGCGGCUCUACUUCUUUCUUAACGUGACUGGUGCGCCCUCACGUGGGGAGAGCGAGCUCCAGGUCUCCUUUCGGGAAGUGCUGCGGUGGGCGCCGCUGGAGGCGGAGAUGAUCGAACCUUGGAGGCCAAGCCUGGGCGAGCUGCUGGCCAGGCCCGAGGCUCUGACGCUGAGCAACCAAUGCUUGCUCGCGGCCGUCGCGGCCUUAGCAUCAGUCAGUGCGACCCUUGUGGUGUGGAUGUUCUUUCGAUGGUACUUCAAGGGCAACUAACAAAGGUAUCUUUUUCUUACUUCCUUAUCCUGUUUUCAUUCCUAAAAUAAAGAAUAUAUUUCAGCUCUGUAGAUUCUUUCAUCUUUGAAGGUGGUCACCGUUAACGCAGGUAGGAGGAGGGGCAGCAUACCCCAAACAUGCCCAGGUGACUAUUCCUUUAAUGACAGUAAUAUGUAGAGCUGUCAAGGUGCAUGCAAGGUCCUGUGCUGAGGACUUUCCGUACAAGCCCAGACUCCUCCCUGGAUUGCUGUCUCUUUGACAUUUCAACCUGCAGACGAUACCCUCAAAUGGACUCCUUGAUGUCUCUUUGGGUUUUGUUGUUGUUUUUGUUUGUUUUUUUUGUGCAACAAGGUGAUUUCAUUAAAGCAUGGGAACAGGACCUGUGGGCAGAAAGCGCUGCCCUUGAUGUCUCUCUGAACGCCUGUUCCUUCUCAAGGCUUUCCUGCUGAGGGCAACACCAUCCACCCAGCUGCUCUUCCCGAAACUUGCGUUUAAUUCCUCCCCCGCUUCUACUUCCGUGGCUCAGCCUUUUCAACUCCUAAACAUCCGGUGUAGCUGCCCUCUGUCUGUGGUCCCAGUCACCAUUGUCUCUUGCCUGGAUCACUGCAGCAGCAUCCCCACUCGCCUCCCUGCCCCGAAUCAGCCUUGCCUCACUCCGGUCCAUCCUCCACAUGGCAGCCAGAAUAAUAUUUUAAAGUAUGUCAGGUCAUGUCACUCCACUGCUCAAAAGCCUUCAGUGGCUCCCUAUUGCCAUUGGAACAAAACCCAGUUCCUUAUCAAGGCCUCUGAGAUGCUCCAGGUUCUGACCCUUGCUGACCUGGCAGGCUUUGUCCUACCACUCUUCUCCCUUGAUCUUUCUACCCUGCACUUUGUCUGGCCUUUGCUUAUUCCUUACGUUUGUCAUGAUUCUUGUCACCCUCUCCAGGACCAGGUUACAUGCUGUUUCCUGCCUAGAAUAAGGUUUUCUCCCUUUUGUGUCUAGUUAACUCAGUUACGGUUUCCCCUGAAAAGCCUUUACAUAUAUUAACCUAUUUAAUCCCCACGAUGACUCUGUGUAUCUGGCGCUAUUUUUGCCGGACUCACCUCCCUUUUCUUGUUCCCUCUUUACCCUCUAGCCCCACUAGCCUUUUUUUUUUUUUUUUUGGUCCCUUGAACAUGCAAAGCUCAGUCCCAUGUUCGGGCUUUUGUACAUGCUGUCCUUCAUACUUGAAAUAACUUUACUGUGGACCUCACGGAGCUACCUCCCUCUCACUGCACAGCUCCCCGCUCAAAUGUCAUCUUCUCUGACUACUUCCCUCCCCCUAUUUUGGUUUGUGCACAGUACUCGUUGGGACUUAAUGUCAACUUGUGUUUUUUAUUUGGUUUUGUGUCUUCCCACCUGAAGGAUAAGUUCCUUCUGGGCAUCUACUCAUUCUUGUUCACUGAUACUAGUCCCCUUUACUGACUCACUCAUUCAGAGAAUAUUUACCGAGUACUUCUAUGUGCCAGGCAUUUUCAAGGUACUGUAGAGACAACAGUGAAGAAAUCAGAACAGACAAAAAU